CAAUCAUGUACAAACGAGUUUGUUGGCCUCAAUGUGGUCGAGUCGUUUCAUCUGGGGGGUAGUAAAGAAGCAUAGUAAUGGCGUUCGAUUUGAGGCCAGCGCACCACGUAAUGUUAGCAAAGAGUAGUAUGCGUUCCCUCCAAUUUCCAUCCACUACUUAAAUACGUCCACGGAAUCUACUUUGAUGAGGAGAGAAUAAAGAGAACAUUGCUACAUACCUACCUACAUUUCUGUCGACCAAGGUUAUCUACCAAAUUUCAACACUAUAGAAUCAUAUCAAUAAUUUUGAACACCCAGCUUGAUGACAAAGAUCUCCAACAUGGGCAGCUAUGCGGGUAGUGCCGCGGUCCACGACCAGCCAACUCCUGGCAACCAUGCCAUCUUGACUAAGGUUGACAAGUUGCGUGAGCUCAUUGGCACGAAGGUCGCUCUACCGCAACUCGUCGUCGUCGGAGACCAGUCAUCAGGAAAGAGUUCGGUGCUUGAAGGCCUAACGGGCUUCGGCUUUCCUCGAGAUGCUGAGCUUUGUACGCGAUACGCAACUCAGAUAACAUGUCGUCGCGAGACGGAGGAAAGCAUCAACGUUUCUAUCAUACCCCAGCCCGACGCACCGCCCUAUGAGCAGGAGCGUGUCAAGAGGUUCCACCGUACUUUGAGAACUAUGAGCACGGAAAGUCUCGCAGAGCUAUUCAGAGAGGCCAACGACGCAAUGGGAAUAAAGAGCUCCACAAUGUCAACUUCAUCCGAUGGCACCAACCUCCCAGCAUUUAGCGAACACAUUCUCAAGAUCGAGAAACUUGGUCCCUAUGAAGAGCAUUUCACCGUCAUCGAUGUACCGGGUAUAUUUCGAAAAGAAACCGAAGGUGUUACCACUGAAGGUGAUAUCGAGCUGGUUCGGAACAUGGUCAAGAACUAUAUGAAGGAUGCUCGAACAAUUAUAUUGGCAAUCAUGCCUGCUAAUGUAGACCCUGCCACGCAGGAAAUCUUGAAGCUAGCUAAACAGGCUGAUCCGUACAUGACAAGGACCAUGGCUGUUCUCACCAAACCAGAUCUGGCGAUCGAGAGCACAAUGAAGAAUAUCGCCAUUCAACACGUUCUGGGCAAGAGGAACGACCUAUCUCUAGGAUAUUAUAUCGUCAAAAAUCGCGGCCCCGACGACGCUGACAAGACCCUCGAACAGGGCCAGGCCGAGGAGCGGAAUUUUUUUUCGAUUGACCCUUGGUCGAUCCUCCGGAAUACGGGUAGAGCUGGUAUUGUUGCGUUGAAAACGCGUGUCCGCGAGCUCCUGGUUGAUCUCAUCAAAAAGGAGUUUCCAAAACUCAAGACGGAUAUUGUCAAGGAGUUAACAUCACUAAGAUCUCAACUUGACAAGAUGGGCCAAUCGAGGAGUAACCAGCACACGCAAAGAGCUUACUUGAAUAGGAUAAGCGAGGCGUUCCAGACACUUGCUCGAGAUUCAUUGAACGCAUAUUACACUAGCAACGAUAUAUUCGAGGAGAGACACGACCUCAGGCUCAUCACUCGUAUUGUUGAAGAGAGCGAGAGGUAUUCGACUACCAUGUUGGAGGAUGGCCACACUCGGCCAUUCGAAUCUAAUUCGGAUUCUGAUGAAUCAAGUGAGCCUAUGCUUACUCAUCCCUACCCUGACGUUGAGGACUUUCAUUGUCCCGAGCUCGAGGGCAUCUUUGACCCCUCAGAUGUUAUUAUGCCAACGGCCAACGAUGAGGAUAACAUCAUGGAUUAUAUUGAAGGUGUUUACAAAGAAAGCCGUGGGCAAGAACUCGGAACAUUCAACAGUGCUCUUAUAUCGACCAUGUUCAAGGAGCAAACCAAGAAAUGGAAACCCAUCACGCUAUCCUAUGUAACUCAGGUUAUUUUAGAAAUCCAUCACUUCAUCAAAGAGAUACUCGUUCAAAUAUGCCCCGAUGAACGCGUAUUUGAUGAGCUAUGGGAUGGAUAUCUUCUCGAAAAGCUCCAGGACUCUUACCAUCGAGCCUUGACCCAUGCGAAGCUUCUACUCGAGAUCGAACGCGAAGGAGUCCCACUAACUCAUAAUCAUUACUUCAAUGACAAUCUUCAGAAGGCCCAAAGCGAUCGCCUGGUGGCUCUCAUGGAAAAGCUCGGAUUGGAGAGGAAAGCGCAAACUACAGACGAGGAAGGUCAUGUUACCAACAUCCAAAGGGGAUUUUUCUUCAACAAAAACACAUUGAAUACCUUAUCAUUCAAUAUGGCGAACUCGGAUCACGUCCGAAAAUACAUUCAUGACAUCCUUAGUAGUUAUUACAAGGUCUCUCGCAAACGCUUCGUCGACGUUGUCUGCCAGCAGGCUGUCAACCACUAUCUACUGAGAGGCAAAGGCAGUCCUCUCACAAUAUUUAGCACCCAGAUGGUUCUAGAUCUCAACGAGGACCAGCUCGACAUGAUCGCCGCGGAGGAUGCUCCCGUCAAGCUUCACAGGGAGAAGCUGGGGCGUGACAUCCAGAAUUUCGAGGACGCCUUGAAAGUAUUGAGAGGAUCAGGUUAAUCUUAGUGAUGGCUAUGAAUGAUGUAGGCUGGUUGGUGUGAAUUAAAUUGGGUUGACGCUUUUCUUUUCCACGGUGCUUGGUUCGGAUCAAUAGGAUAGGUAUCACUACUAAAGUU